AUGCUGGACCCGUCUUCCAGCGAAGAGGAGUCGGACGAAGGGUUGGAAGAGGAGAGCCGCGAUGUGCUGGUGGCGGCCAGCGGCUCGCAGCGAGCACCACCGGCCCCGGCUCGCGAAGGGCGGCGGGACGCGCCGGGGCGCGCGGGCGGCGGUAGCGCGGCCAGACCGGUGAGCCCCAGCCCCUCGGUGCUCAGCGAGGGGCGAGAUGAGCCCGAAAGGCAGCUGGACGAGGAGCAGGAGCGGCGGAUCCGCUUGCAGCUCUACGUCUUCGUGGUGAGGUGCAUCGCGUACCCCUUCAACGCUAAGCAGCCCACAGACAUGGCCCGGAGGCAGCAGAAGCUUAACAAGCAACAAUUGCAGUUACUGAAAGAAAGGUUCCAGGCCUUCCUCAACGGAGAAACCCAAAUCGUGGCCGAUGAAGCAUUUUGCAAUGCAGUUCGGAGUUACUAUGAGGUUUUUCUGAAGAGUGAUCGAGUGGCCAGAAUGGUUCAGAGUGGAGGAUGUUCUGCUAAUGACUUCAGAGAGGUGUUUAAGAAAAACAUAGAAAAACGUGUGCGGAGUCUGCCAGAAAUUGAUGGCUUGAGCAAAGAGACAGUGCUCAGUUCGUGGAUAGCCAAAUAUGAUGCCAUUUACAGAGGUGAAGAGGACAUGUGCAAACAGUCCAAUAGAAUGGCCCUAAGUGCUGUGUCUGAACUUAUUCUGAGCAAGGAACAACUCUAUGAGAUGUUUCAGCAGAUUCUGGGUAUUAAAAAGUUAGAACACCAACUCCUUUAUAAUGCAUGUCAGCUGGAUAACGCGGAUGAACAAGCAGCCCAGAUCAGGAGGGAACUUGACGGCCGAUUACAGCUGGCAGAGACAAUGGCAAAGGAAAGAAACUUCCCCAAAUUUAUAACAAAAGAAAUGGAGACUAUGUAUAUAGAAGAGUUGCGAUCUUCAGUGAAUUUGCUAAUGGCCAAUUUGGAAAGUCUUCCAGUUUCAAAAGGUGGUCCGGAAUUUAAAUUACAAAAACUAAAACGUUCACAGAAUUCUGCAUUUCUGGACAUAGGCGAUGAGAAUGAGAUUCAACUGUCAAAGUCGGAUGUGGUGCUGUCAUUCACCUUAGAGAUUGUCAUAAUGGAAGUGCAAGGUUUGAAGUCCGUUGCUCCCAAUCGAAUUGUUUACUGUACAAUGGAAGUGGAAGGAGGAGAAAAACUGCAGACAGACCAGGCUGAAGCCUCAAGGCCACAAUGGGGAACUCAAGGUGAUUUUACCACCACCCAUCCUCGGCCUGUGGUCAAAGUAAAACUCUUCACCGAAAGCACUGGGGUCCUGGCCCUCGAAGAUAAAGAGCUGGGAAGGGUGAUAUUAUACCCAACUUCUAAUAGCUCCAAGUCAGCUGAGUUUCACCGAAUGAUAGUUCCAAAAAAUAGCCAGGACUCUGACUUAAAAAUCAAAUUAGCAGUGCGAAUGGAUAAACCACCACAUAUGAAACAUAGUGGAUAUCUGUAUGCCCUAGGACAGAAGGUUUGGAAAAGAUGGAAAAAACGUUACUUUGUUCUUGUUCAGGUUAGCCAAUACACAUUUGCUAUGUGCAGUUAUAGAGAGAAAAAGUCUGAACCACAAGAACUAAUGCAGCUGGAAGGAUACACUGUGGACUACACAGAUCCCCACCCAGGCCUUCAAGGUGGUCAGAUGUUCUUUAAUGCAGUUAAAGAAGGAGACACUGUGAUAUUUGCUAGUGACGAUGAACAAGAUAGAGUAUUAUGGGUUCAGGCCAUGUAUAGGGCCACAGGUCAGUCCUAUAAACCCAUUCCUGUGAUUCAAACCCAGAAGCUGAAUCCUAAAGGAGGGACUCUCCAUGCGGAUGCUCAGCUUUAUGCAGACCGUUUUCAGAAACAUGGUAUGGAUGAGUUUAUUUCUGCUAAUCCUUGCAAGCUUGACCACGCCUUCCUUUUUAGAAUACUCCAGAGGCAGACUUUGGAUCACAGACUGAAUGAUUCCUAUUCUUGCUUGGGUUGGUUCAGUCCUGGCCAAGUCUUUGUGUUAGAUGAGUACUGUGCCCGUUAUGGUGUGAGAGGCUGUCACAGACAUCUCUGCUACCUUACAGAACUGAUGGAACAUUCAGAAAAUGGUGCUGUCAUUGACCCAACCCUGCUCCAUUACAGCUUUGCAUUCUGCGCCUCUCAUGUGCAUGGCAACAGGCCUGAUGGAAUUGGAACUGUUUCAAUGGAAGAAAAAGAGAGAUUUGAGGAGAUAAAAGAAAGACUCUCUUCCCUUUUAGAAAACCAGAUAAGCCAUUUCAGAUACUGUUUUCCCUUUGGACGACCUGAAGGUGCUCUCAAAGCUACGCUUUCAUUACUUGAAAGGGUUUUAAUGAAAGAUAUCGCCACUCCCAUACCAGCAGAAGAGGUGAAAAAAGUGGUCAGAAAAUGUCUCGAGAAAGCGGCCUUGAUCAAUUACACUAGACUCACAGAAUAUGCCAAAAUAGAAGAGACCAUGAACCAGGCACCUCCUGCUAGAAAGCUGGAAGAGGUUCUUCAUCUAGCAGAGCUCUGCAUAGAAGUCUUACAGCAGAAUGAAGAACAUCAUGCAGAGGCAUUUGCCUGGUGGCCUGAUUUAUUGGCAGAGCAUGCGGAGAAAUUUUGGGCUUUAUUCACAGUAGAUAUGGAUACUGCACUGGAGGCCCAACCACAAGACUCCUGGGAUAGUUUUCCUCUUUUCCAACUGCUCAAUAAUUUCCUCAGAAAUGACACACUUUUGUGUAAUGGAAAAUUUCACAAACAUUUGCAAGAAAUCUUUGUGCCCUUGGUUGUCCGCUACGUCGAUCUCAUGGAGUCCUCCAUCGCCCAGUCAAUUCACAGAGGUUUUGAGCAAGAGACAUGGCAGCCUGUCAACAAUGGCUCAGCAACAUCAGAAGACCUUUUUUGGAAACUCGAUGCCCUGCAAAUGUUUGUCUUUGAUCUGCACUGGCCAGAACAAGAAUUUGCCCACCACUUAGAGCAAAGACUUAAACUAAUGGCCAGUGAUAUGAUAGAGGCCUGUGUCAAAAGAACAAGAACUGCGUUCCAAGCCAAGCUGCAAAAGGCAAGCAAAACCACCGAGUUGCGCAUCCCGGCUUCCGUGUGUACAAUGUUUAAUGUAUUAGUCGAUGCCAAAAAGCAAAGCACCAAGCUUUGUGCCCUGGAUGGAGGACAAGAGCAACAAUACCAUUCAAAAAUAGAUGAUUUGAUUGACAACGCUGUAAAAGAAAUCAUUUCACUGCUAGUUUCAAAGUUUGUUUCAGUGUUGGAAGGGGUGUUAUCUAAGCUGUCAAGAUAUGAUGAAGGCACUUUCUUUUCAUCCAUUCUGUCAUUCACUGUGAAAGCAGCUGCAAAAUAUGUGGAUGUUCCAAAACCGGGAAUGGAUCUGGCAGACACAUACAUUAUGUUUGUUCGGCAAAAUCAGGAUAUUCUUCGAGAAAAGGUCAAUGAGGAAAUGUAUAUAGAAAAGCUGUUUGAUCAAUGGUACAGCAGUUCCAUGAAAGUCAUUUGUGUCUGGUUGGCUGAUAGAUUAGACCUUCAGCUUCAUAUUUACCAACUGAAGACGCUCAUCAAGAUUGUGAAGAAAACGUACAGGGACUUCCGACUGCAGGGUGUGUUGGAAGGCACCCUGAACAGUAAGACCUACGAUACUCUGCACAGGCGGUUAACGGUGGAGGAGGCUACAGCCUCUGUCUCAGAAGGAGGAGGACUUCAAGGCAUCACCAUGAAAGACAGUGAUGAAGAAGAAGGCUGAUAACCCCGGCGCUGUAGGAGGAAAGAGGAUGUUGACCUCGUUUAUUUUGUACUCCGUCUUUGUAAUUACAUUGAUUGUCUGGACCAAAUAAAAAUGCUUGUAUUUCACUCCACUUUGCAAGGAGUCAACCAGGAAGCAGAGUGAAAGGGGAAAAUGCCAAGUUUUUUUUUGGUUUUUGUUUUUAGGAUCAGCCUCUCCAGUGUAGCUUGACCUAAAAUGAGCUUUGGCUUUGUUUGUGAUUGGAACAUGAUUUUUUUGGGUUUUUUAGAAGCUUUGACUUUUUCUUCUGUGAUUAAAUCAAAGUAGUGUCCUCUGUGUGAAAUGAGAUCUACAUUUCUCAGAGUAUGAUAUUGUAAGAAGAAGCCACUCCUGAUCACUGCGUCAGCUCUCUUGUACCCUUGUUAAAAUGGUGUGUAUUUAAUAGUUUAUCAUUUAUGUGUCAGGGUUUGUUUUUUUUUUUUUUCAUAGUUAAUUUGCCAUUAAUGUUGUAAUGUGUGUAAAAACUUUAACCUUGGUUCUUAGUACUCUGAAUUCAUCUGCAGGCUUAAAGGACUGCCAAACCAAAUAUAGACUAGAUCCUCCGUCAGCUUGUGUCCCCUUCUAUUCUGAACAUACCUUUCAAGUUUAGGAAAAAAAAAAUCCCAAAGCGUAAGGUAAUUAAGUGUGCUGCCAUCAACAUACCACAUUCUCCUACUUCUAAAUGUAACAGCUUGCAGGCAAUAAAAAUGUAUUUGGUCAAAACCACCUCUGUAUUUAUUAGACUUAUAUAAAUUAAAUGCAGUAAAAAAUGUUUGCAGUAUUACAAACAUC